AUGGACGACUCAACGAUCCCGCCCAAGGCAAAUGGCUUCGCCUCUCACCGACGGUCUAGCUCCGGGAAUGACCCAUUUCAGCACCCGGAUGUCUACUACGGAGAUAAGGAAGCCCUUGACAGAAUCAAGAACCGCCGGCGCGCAUUUUCAUCGUCAUUGAAAUCUUUCAAUCGUCAGGAUCUCAGUGAUAUGAUAGGAGACCGUUCCACCAGGCGGGGUAGCCUAGACCCGACAUCCGGCCAACCUCGGAAAUUCCUCAUUGACGUGGACGCUACCCUUAAAAAUCUGCUAGAAAGAGAAGACUCCGAUCGGAAUAUGCAAAUAACAAUUGAGGAUGCUGGCCCAAAGACCUUCUCCGUCGGGACAGCGGCGUCCUCUGGAUAUAAUCGGUUUGAUCUUCGGGGCACAUACAUGCUUUCGAACCUUCUCCAAGAGUUGACGAUUGCUAAAGAUUAUGGGCGUAAGCAAAUCGUGCUUGACGAGGACCGCCUAUCGGAGAACCCGGUUGCACGUCUUUCACGCCUCAUCAAGAACUCGUUUUGGGUUUCUCUUACUAGAAGGAUCGAUGGGUCCAAUAUCGAGGUAGCCGGUAGGGAUCCCAAAGAUUGGACGGAUGACCCUCGGCCACGAAUCUAUGUUCCACCUGGAGCUCCUGAACAGCUAGAGUACUACAGGCGAAUUGCCGAAGAGCGCCCUGAAUUGCGCCUUGAUGUGCAAGAACUGUCCAGCAAUAUCACACCAGAGUAUGUCAGAGAUUUGAAUGGCAAGCCUGGACUCCUUGCAUUGGCCAUGGAGGAGAAAGUUGAUGAAGUCACUGGAAAGAAAGACUUCUCUGGCGUUCCCUUCGUGGUCCCAGGAGGAAGGUUCAAUGAAUUGUACGGUUGGGACAGUUACAUGGAAUCGCUGGGUCUGUUAGCCAGCAACAGGGUCGAUUUGGCCAAGUCUAUGGUGAUCAAUUUCUGCUUCUGCAUCGAGCAUUAUGGAAAAAUCUUGAACGCCAAUCGUUCCUACUACCUCACGCGAUCUCAGCCACCUUUCUUAACUGAUAUGGCUCUGCGCGUGUACGACCGCAUCAAGACCGAACCCGACUCGUUGGAGUUCCUUCGACUGUCAAUCCUUGCAGCCAUCAAGGAAUAUUACAGCGUCUGGACGUCUGAGCCGCGACUUGACCCGGUGUCCGGUCUAUCGCGGUAUCGUCCAACUGGAAUUGGAGUGCCUCCAGAGACCGAAGCCACACACUUCACCCACCUUCUCACACCCUUUGCCGAAAAGCAUGGCAUGGAGUUCAAGGAGUUUGUUGAGGCAUAUAACAAUGGCAAAGUCGUGGAGCCAGAACUGGACGAGUACUUCUUGCACGACAGAGCAGUCCGUGAAUCCGGACAUGAUACGAGUUACCGUCUCGAAAGGGUGUGUGCCAACCUUGCCACAGUCGACCUGAACUCUCUUCUCUACAAGUACGAAGUCGACAUCGCUCGAGUAAUACGAACCCACUUCAAGGAUAGGCUCGACAUCCCACCGGAGUUCCGGACACCACUCACAAAAGAUAUCGCGAGCGAGUCAUCAUCCGUCUGGGAUCGCCGGGCACGCAGGAGAAAGAUGCGAAUGGACACAUAUCUUUGGAACGAAGAGAAGGGGAUGUAUUUCGACUAUAAUACAGUGAAGCAGGAACGAACCAAUUACGAGAGUGCUACGACUUUCUGGGCGAUGUGGGCUGGCCUUGCUACCCCGCGCCAGGCUUCCGAGCUGAUCACCAAGGCCCUUCCUCGCUUUGAGAUGUUUGGUGGAUUGGUCUCGGGAACGGAAGAGUCUCGGGGUCCUGUUGGAUUGGACCGACCUACUCGGCAGUGGGACUACCCGUAUGGUUGGGCGCCUCAGCAAAUGCUUGCGUGGACAGGAUUCCUCCGAUACGGAUACCAGGAGGAAGCCGAGCGGCUCGCGUACAAAUGGUUGUACAUGAUCACUAAAGCUUUCGUUGAUUUCAACGGAGUUGUCGUUGAAAAGUACGACGUGACCCGACCUAUUGAUCCUCAUCGGGUCGAUGCCGAGUACGGGAACCAGGGCGUCGAUUUCAAGGGCGCUCCCCGCGAAGGUUUCGGCUGGGUCAACGCGAGCUAUGUCUACGGCCUGGAUAUUCUGAACGCCCACCAGCGCCGUGCCCUUGGCGCUGUUACUCCCUGGGAAACAUAUAACAAGGCUGUUAACGCGCAAGGUGACCACGUGUUUGGCGACGGACAGUAA